AUGCUCUUAUCAACACGUUUCCAAGCCAGAGCCCUUCGGCAACUCAUCUCGAAGCAGCCAUCUCGCUCAAUUAGCACUUCUGCCGCCAAAUCACUGCUCAUUACUCCCUCAACACAACUGACUGCCAAGUCUCUCACAACUUUCAACUCUUCUACACCUCGCUCAGCAUCUUUUGCUACCAGUGCCGAAGCAACUGCGGAGCCGGUGAACACAAACUUUGCUGCGGUUUCAACAGGCGGAAUUCCCUACCCCGGUAUUCCUAAUAUUGAGGACCCUUAUAAGAAGCGCCAAUGGCAGCUCGAGCACAUGGCGGGUGCCUUUCGUGUGUUUGCCCGUAUGGGAUUUACUGAAGGAGCGGCGGGACAUAUCAGCGUGAGAGAUCCCGUUGACCGUAAUACAUUUUGGAUUAACCCACCCGAUGUUGACGCUGCAUGCCACGCGCACUCCAAAUACGGCAAGGCAUGGUCGACUUUCGGCAAGCCUCUCGACAUGAUCAGCCAAGACGCAUGCAUAUUUUACAAGGACCACAGCGUAUACUCCGACUUUGGAGGCGUUGUCUUUGAGGACGACGAGGGCGCUCGCAUAGCUCAAGCUCUGGGCCCCAAGAACCGAUCAGUUAUUCUUCAAAACCAUGGCUUGUUAACAGCUGGAGGAACUGUUGAUGAAGCAGCGUAUUUAUUCUCCCUCAUGGAGAGGACGUGUGAGGUUCAGCUCUUGGUUGAGAGUACCGGAUUACCUAGGAACACUAUCAGCGAUGAGGCCGCCGAGUAUACGUACCGAUAUAAUGCUGACCCGAAUACGUUAUAUACAGAGUUCCAGCCUGACUUCGAGUAUGAAGUUUGGAAAUCCAAUGGAGAGCUUCAGUCUGGGGUCAAUUAA